AUGUUAUGCGUGAGCGGCACGAUACUCGCAUCUUGCAUUGCAACCGUGGUCCUUACCAUCGUCAUCUAUACGGCGGUCAGAGCAAGCAGGGGCAAUCCUCCUCCCGCUGAUCCGUCCAUUAUGUCUGAUGACCCUGGGGGAAUUGCGGGCAGCGGCAUGGGAGGAUUCAAGGUAAAAAGGGCACAGGACUCCCUCGAUACAGUGACCAGCAUGGAUGCGUCGCUUUUUGUUUUCGUUGGAUUCGCCGGGAUCGCAGCAAUUUGGCUGUUAAUCAGGAAACUUACACUAGAGCUCCGCCGGGACACUCAGCUGUCAUAUUCCCAGUCAAAGUAUAGUCAGGAUAGAGGCAGGAGGAGGACGGAUAUCGAACAAGGCGAAUGGCUAUCAGAGAAGCCCACAGAACUAGAGUAA